AUGGGAAAAGUUGGCGCCGGCGGCCGCUCCCCAGCCCGGCUGGGCGCGCUCCUCGCGGGCGCGGGGCUCCUGGUCCUCUGCGCCCCGGGCGCCCGCGGCGGCGCCCCCCGCUGCCCCGAGCCGCCCUCCGGCCCGGCCCCGCGCUGGGCUCCGGCUCCGGCUCCGGCCGCGGCCGCGGGGGCCGCCCCUCGCCGGGGGCCGCCGCCCCUGCCCCUGCCCCUGCCCCUCCUCGGGCGCCCCCUGUUCGCCGUGGCCCCCGGGGACCGAGCGCUGCCCCUGGCGCGGGCCCCCGGCUCCCGCGCGGCCGCCGAGGUCGCCCCGCGCUCGGGCCGGCGGAGGCGCAGGGAAGCGGCUCGGGGCAAGGCUGGCGGCGGAGGGCGCGCGGGCCGGAGCCCCCGGGGAGCGCCGCGGGACGGAGCGCGGCCCGAGCCCGGGACCCCGGAGCGGGACCCGGACAGAGCCACUCGCUUCCGGAUGGAGGAGCUGAGGCUGACCAGCACCACGUUCGCGCUGACGGGCGACUCCGCGCACAACCAAGCCAUGGUCCACUGGUCCGGCCACAACAGCAGCGUGAUUCUCAUUUUGACAAAGCUCUAUGACUAUAACCUGGGGAGCAUCACUGAGAGCUCGCUUUGGAGGUCAACUGAUUACGGAACAACUUAUGAGAAGCUGAAUGAUAAAGUUGGGUUGAAAACAAUUUUAAGCUAUCUCUACGUGUGUCCUACCAACAAGCGUAAGAUUAUGUUACUCACAGACCCGGAGAUUGAGAGCAGUUUAUUGAUCAGCUCAGAUGAAGGGGCCACCUAUCAAAAGUACCGGCUGAACUUUUAUAUCCAAAGCUUACUUUUCCACCCCAAGCAAGAGGACUGGAUUCUGGCAUACAGCCAAGACCAAAAGUUAUACAGCUCUGCUGAAUUUGGGAGAAGGUGGCAGCUUAUCCAGGAAGGGGUCGUACCAAACAGAUUCUACUGGUCCGUAAUGGGGUCAAAUAAGGAACCAGACCUUGUGCAUCUCGAGGCCAGAACUGUAGAUGGUCAUUCACAGUACCUAACUUGCCGAAUGCAGAACUGCACAGAGGCCAACAGAAAUAAGCCUUUCCCAGGCUACAUUGACCCAGACUCUUUGAUUGUCCAGGAUGAUUACGUGUUUGUUCAGCUGACAUCAGGAGGACGGCCACAUUACUACGUGUCCUACCGAAGGAAUGCGUUUGCCCAAAUGAAGCUGCCCAAAUAUGCUUUGCCUAAGGACAUGCAUGUCAUCAGCACAGAUGAGAAUCAAGUGUUUGCAGCGGUUCAAGAAUGGAACCAGAAUGACACAUACAACCUCUAUAUCUCAGACACCCGUGGGGUCUAUUUCACGCUGGCCUUGGAGAAUGUUCAGAGCAGCAGAGGUCCAGAGGGCAACAUCAUGAUCGACCUCUAUGAGGUAGCAGGGAUAAAGGGAAUGUUCUUGGCUAACAAGAAGAUUGACAACCAAGUGAAGACUUUCAUCACAUAUAACAAAGGCCGAGACUGGCGUUUGCUGCAGGCGCCGGACACGGAUCUAAGGGGAGACCCUGUGCACUGCUUACUGCCCUAUUGCUCACUACACCUCCACCUUAAGGUCUCCGAGAAUCCCUACACGUCAGGGAUCAUUGCCAGCCGAGACACAGCUCCCAGCAUCAUAGUGGCUUCAGGUAAUAUUGGUUCUGAAUUAUCAGACAGCGACAUCAGCAUGUUUGUCUCUUCAGAUGCAGGGAACACCUGGAGGCAGAUCUUUGAAGAAGAACACAGUGUUUUGUAUCUGGAUCAGGGUGGAGUUCUGGUUGCUAUGAAGCACACAUCUCUCCCAAUUCGACAUCUCUGGUUGAGUUUUGAUGAAGGGAGAUCUUGGAGCAAGUAUAGUUUCACAUCUAUUCCACUUUUUGUGGAUGGAGUUCUGGGUGAGCCUGGGGAAGAGACUCUAAUCAUGACAGUGUUUGGACACUUCAGCCACCGCUCUGAAUGGCAGCUGGUCAAAGUGGACUACAAGUCCAUUUUCGACAGACGGUGUGCCGAGGAAGACUACAGACCCUGGCAGCUGCACAGCCAGGGGGAAGCGUGCAUCAUGGGAGCAAAAAGGAUAUAUAAGAAGCGAAAAUCAGAGCGUAAGUGUAUGCAAGGCAAAUAUGCAGGAGCUAUGGAAUCUGAACCCUGUGUCUGCACAGAGGCCGAUUUUGACUGUGACUAUGGGUAUGAGCGACACAGCAAUGGUCAGUGUCUGCCGGCAUUUUGGUUCAAUCCAUCUUCUCUGUCAAAGGACUGCAGCUUAGGACAGAGUUAUCUCAACAGUACUGGGUACAGGAAAGUGGUUUCCAAUAACUGCACGGAUGGAGUAAGAGAACAGUACACUGCCAAACCGCAGAAGUGUCCUGGGAAGGCCCCACGGGGGCUGAGGAUUGUCACCGCUGAUGGAAAGUUGACAGCAGAGCAAGGGCACAAUGUUACCCUCAUGGUGCAGUUGGAAGAGGGUGACGUCCAGAGGACACUCAUCCAAGUGGACUUUGGUGAUGGCAUCGCAGUGUCUUAUGUCAACCUCAGCUCCAUGGAAGACGGGAUCAAACACGUCUAUCACAACGUGGGCAUUUUCCGAGUGACCGUGCAGGUGGACAACAGUCUGGGCUCUGACAGCGCCGUCCUGUACUUACAUGUAACUUGUCCCCUGGAGCAUGUACACCUGUCUCUUCCCUUUGUCACCACAAAGAACAAAGAGGUCAACGCGACGGCAGUGCUGUGGCCCAGCCAAGUGGGCACCCUCACUUACGUGUGGUGGUACGGAAACAACACCGAGCCUCUGAUCACCCUGGAAGGAAGCAUAUCGUUCAAGUUUACUUCUGAAGGGAUGAACACCAUCACAGUGCAGGUGUCCGCUGGGAAUGCCAUCCUGCAAGACACAAAGACCAUCGCAGUGUAUGAGGAAUUUCGAUCUCUUCGCCUCUCCUUCUCUCCGAACUUGGACGACUACAACCCUGAUAUCCCUGAGUGGAGGAGGGACAUCAGCCGAGUCAUCAAAAAAUCCCUGGUGGAGGCCACAGGGGUCCCAGGCCAGCACAUCUUGGUGGCGGUGCUCCCUGGCUUACCCACCGCCGCUGAGCUCUUUGUCUUACCCUAUCAGGAUCCGACUGGAGAAAACAAAAGGUCAGCUGAAGAUCUGGAGCAGAUAUCAGAACUGCUGAUCCACAAGCUCAACCAAAACUCAGUGCACUUUGAGCUGAAGCCCGGGGUCCAAAUCCUUGUCCACGCAGCCCACUUAACAGCAGCCCCACUGGUGGACCUCACUCCGACCCACAGUGGAUCUGCCAUGCUGAUGCUGCUCUCAGUGGUGUUUGUGGGGCUGGCCGUGUUCGUCAUCUACAAGUUUAAAAGGAAGAUCCCGGGGAUUAAUGUUUAUGCCCAGAUGCAGAAUGAGAAAGAACGAGAGAUGGUCAGUCGGGUCAUUCACCCUGAAAGCAGGGCCCAUAUCCCUCAGACUGAACUAAGGAGGCCUGGCCAACUGAUAGAUGAGAAGGUGGAAUCACAGCUCAUAGGAAGUAUUUCCAUAGUUGCUGAGAAUCAAAGCACAAAAGAAAUCCCUACCUAUGUAAAUGUUUGAAUGGAGGACGCCAGUAAAAACAAAAACAAACAAAAAUAAAAUAAAAACAAUCAAAAAUCCAAACAAACAGACAAACAAACACUCACUGCAUCGGGACUUUUUAAUUCUUCAGACACAGACAACAAGGGUUUUUAGCUUUAAGCCUGUGCAUGUGGACAAUACCUUGAGAACAUGCUGGAGGGGCAGUGUACAGGUGCUCUAUUUUAAUGGAAAAAAACACUCCCCUCCCCCUUUCCUCUUCUCUCUCUUUUUUCUGAUCGGUCGUGUUUGUAGAAAAUUCAUAACAUAUAGAGGCCAAGGAAAUCUGCAUGUGUUUUUGGAAAUAUUCUUGGCUCUAGAUUUAACAGCUAUUUUAGCACUAGAGGCUGAUGGGGGGGAGUAGCCGCCCCAGCCCCUUUCAUAAGACACAAAGACAUGCACAGGAGUGUGAAACCCUGAGCUGUUUCUCUGUCCCACUUUCCUCAUUGCCAAUUUCUUUUCUAAGUUUUCUCCGGUAGCUCUGGCGGCCAGCAGUGGCCACAAGGCUGCUUGCGUGUUGCAUUCUGUGUGGCCACAGGGAAGAAGGAGCCAGGUGAAGUUCCAUGUACGCAGGCAGAGUAGGGAAGGCAGGCAGGAGGGGCAAACAUGUCAGACGUGGACCUCUGUUUCCUGUUCACCCCUUUCUGUCACCAAGGCUUCCCCUGGUAGCUUUUAUACUCCCAUCCCAACUUAACAUAGAAAAUAGAAUCCCAGUGCCCCAGCGUCUGGCCUCCCCAUUUGUUUGCUACCCAGGUGUGGUCAUGAUUCUGUUGAUGUCUUUGUACCUCUUCCUUCCAAACUCCAAGUUGUCUUUCAACUCCUCCUCCUUUUUCUUCCCAAACAUGUUACUGAAUUCUAGACAUUAACCUUGGUGUUCCCUAAAUACUGGCCUAGCCUCUGCCAGACUUGCCCGCCGCCCCCCGAUCACUCACAACUUUAUGAUCUGUCAGCAUGCCCGCUUUCCUGCACACUGACCAGGCUGCAUCCUGACCUGCAGGGUUCGGCUCCAUGUUUCCUUUGUCUUCUCCUAUAGAACCUGCCUCUUCCAAAUAGCCUUGCCUUGUCCCACCUGGAAACAUGCAAAGUGUGUGAAAGAGUUUGAUGUAUGCAAAGCAAUUCAAACCUGGCCAUGUACACUGGGAAAGAAAGCAUACAGAUGAAUGGUGGUAUUCUCACACCUUAACAAAAAUCUCAUGUGCAGAUUCCAGAAUAUGCUUGUGAGAAAUGUUUCAAACAUGUUACUAUGUGGCAGGGCAAUUUCCUUCUGUAAUGGUUGCUAUUACCCAGUAUUUGUUCUCUCACAGUACAGUAAAAAUAUUUGUAAAAUAAAACUGAUUUUAACCAGAAGAAGAAGCAGGUUAAUGGAUUUAAUAUUUAAGAGUGUCAAAAAAUACGAGAGUAUAUGGAAGUCUUAUCUUACAUUAGGAUAAGAUUUUGAUUAUGUAGGAUGAUCCCAGACGUUUCACAGGUGUGCUCUCUGAUCUCUGAGUAUCAUAGUAUUGGCAAAGGAAAAAUUAGUAAGCUUCAAAGGGAGGAGGUAGAUGUCUAAACAAAGCAGAUUGGCUCAGAGUAUAAACAAUCCCCAUUUGCCCAGGGCAAUAAUCAAAGAAGGCCCAGAGAAAGAAGGAAACAAAAGUCUGUUGAGCAGAAGUCCUUGGAGGAUUAUGAAUGGGGCAAAGCCCACUCUAAAAUAUAGGAGGAAGCGGUUUUGAAAACCAUUCACAGAGAGCAGCCUCCUUCUGGGCCAUGUUCCCAAGCCAAUCACAGUCUAUGACAGGGUCCUGGUGAUAAUGGGGGUGUCCCAAAGAUCCUGACGAUCCCUGCCCUUAUGUAGCUCAGGCAGGGGAAGAGUAGCAAAGCUGCAGUCAGAAGUUAAUCAAACGGAAGUUUUUGUGGCUGAGGAUGCCCAGUAUGAAUCUGGGAAAUGGAUUAUGCCUGAGGCAGCCAUCUGUUUGUAGAACUCAAUUGAUCCCCAACCUGCCAGGCUUCCUAUCCCAUAGGAAACAUCCUCAUCGAUCCGCUUCAGUUGGAGCCUUCCAAGUUUAAUCUGGAAGACAAAAUGUUUGGAAACCAAGAGGCUCACUCAAAACAGCACAGGGAGUCCUCAGAGUUGCAAUUCAAUUAAUUUUAAUUGAAAAAUUAUGAAAAAGGGAAUAACCCUCUUAAUCUCGCACAGUGCCUUGCCUAGAAUAGGUAUUAAGAAAAUUACUUGUGGAAGGAAUAAAUGGAAGAAUACAUGAGAAAACAUGAGAAAAAAUGGGUAUAUAAAUCCUAAUUAAAAAUAGAGGUAGACAUGAGAUGCCUGGCAUUUUGGAACAUGAUUACAGAUGGCCAGCUCUUUAUUCAGCAUCUCCAGCAUCCUCAUGUGCCUCUCAUCAAAGCUCCCUCCCACCUGUAGGAGAUGAGCAAGGCAAGGUACUGCUCAGAGGGGACCUCAUUGUUCUUAUGAUCUAGCUCUGUGAUUCUCAAAGUGUGGUACCUGGACCCAGCAGAAUCAGCAUCACCUCAGACUUAUUAGAAAAUGCAAAUUUGGGGUUCCCUUACUGCAGACCUACUGAAUCAGAAACUCCAGGGCGUAGGGCCCAGCAGUCUUUUUUCACCAGAUCUUCAGUUUAUUGUGAUAUACACAGAAGUUUGGGAACUGCUGCACUCUGCCACUCCAGCUCAGUCCCAAAGAGAAGGUAGUAAUGAGAGCCUACAAAUGGGAGGGACCCAAGUGCCUACUGACUCACUAACAGCAGGUGCAAACAAUACAAUGAGGAGUGUGGUGGGCUUCUGGCCAGAGGAGUGGCGGGGGAGGGAUGGAUGUGGAUUCAGGGCAAGCUAAAAAUCUGAUAUUAAAACAUUUUCCGAAAAUCCCAGAAGGCAAAUCGUGCGUGCUCUACCUUGAACUACCCAACCAACAUUUUCUCCUUUGCCUUAUUCCUAAUUGGAUUCACUGUCCAAAAUGCAGAGGUUUGCUUUGCUUUUUUUUCAGAAGUUCCAAACAGCAACUUUGAGAGCAAUGGGGUGUUUGGCAGCUGUUCUGUGUUUUCCAGGAUUCCAACUGAGCAUUGAAAUCCCUCAUUUGCCAACUUAUUUUUAUAGGAAGCCAAUUUAAAAAAAAAAAGAGAGAAAGUUUUCUUAUAGUAUUGGAACUACUUCUAAUUUUAAAAUGACUUUUUUGAUGUAUUUUUUUGUUAAAUACUAUGUAGUGUAAUGUAUACUUGCUCUUGUUUAUUGCUUUUACAAUCAUAUUUAUUAAACAGAUAAUGUCUCUAAA